AUGUAUAAUUAUCCAACACAUACAAAAGAUCUUUUAUCAACGUUAUCAGACUCCAGUUAUUUCAGCGUCCUUGACUUGAAAAAAAAUGCAUUUUAUCAGGUAGCUAUACUUAAGGAUAGUAUCAAAUAUUUCGGAAUCUCAACAUCCGAGGGGAAUUAUUGUUUCACAACGUUACCGUGUGGAGCAAUCAAUUCCACAACAAUAUUUACUAACUUUGUCAGACAAAUCCUAGAAGGGAUUCCACAUAUAUUUAUAUCUAUGGAUGAUAUCCUUAUUCAUACUAAAAAUUUGCAUGAACAUGUGUCAUUACUUAGGACGAUUAUGGAGAAACUCAAUGAGCACCAGCUCCAAAUGAAUUAUAACAAAAUGCAAUUAUUAACAACAAAAAUUAAUUUCUUAGGUUACACCAUUCAGGCGAAUAAAAUAUCACCACAUAUCUCAAAAAUUCAAGCAAUACAAAAUUGGGAAUUGCCCACUACCACCACACAAAUCAGAGCAUUCGUGAAUUUCAGCAACCAUUUCAGAAUAUUCAUCCCAGAAAUAGCAAAAUUCACGAAUCCAUUAAAUGAGAUGUUAAAGAACAAUAAUGGGAAAAACAUAAAGAUUGAACACACCCAGGCAUCCAUUGAUGGCUACAAGGCAUUGAAACCCGCCAUUAUUGGCUUGCCCACACUUCAACUAUAUAAUCCCAAUCUACCAACCAUCAUUUUUACUGAUGCUAGUCACAUGGUAGUAGGAGGCUAUUUGUGUCAACCAACCUUUAGAAACGAUAAAGAAGUCCUUGUCCCAAUUGCAUUUUCAUCACAUAAAUUAACAGAAACACAAAGUAGAUAUGCUGCUAUGGAAAAGGAACUUUUGGCAAUUAUUGUUAUAUUGGAAAAAUUUAGAUAUCACUGCAGCAAUACAGUAGAGAUUUAUACAGAUCAUCAAAGUUUAGCAUCAUUCUUAGAUAAGAAAACUACUCCACCACCCAGAGUUGCUAGAUUCUUAGACUUAAUUGGUUCCUUUUCUCCAAAAGUCUAUUACCUAAGAGGGGAGGAAAAUUUCGUGGCCGAUAUCAUUACAAGAUAUCAAACUCAAAAUAUUAAGGAAUUGGUAGAUGAAGGCAAAAUAUUAAAGAAAACAUUUUCAGUCAAAAGAAACUUAAAACAACCAUUGGUACCAAGAUUAGAAACUAUUGAAUUAGAAAAUCUUAAUGAGUCACAGGUUCACAAAAUUCAAAACUCACUAGAACAACAACAACAACAACAACAACAACAACAACAACAAGAAGAAUUGGAAGACAACAAUGAGGAGUUACCUCUUCAGCUGUUUAAAUUAAUAAAUGAUGAGUUACAUGUCAUCAUUAAUAAUCAACUUUUAAAAUACCUCCCAAGACUGGAAUAUAACGAUAUUUGUCAAACAAAUUCAUGA